ACGUAAAUUUUACGUUUCCUGUUUUUAUUAUAAAACACCUGUUUCACUCUAUCGUCUAUAAUAAAUGAAGCCUUAUUUUGAAAAGUUUCGUUUUAAUGAUACGUCCUGCUAAUGUUGGCGAUGGCCACAACGCCGCUAACAAGCAAACGCAAGCUGUCGCUGCCUCCUCCACAUCACCGCUGUCGUCGAAAGCUCACGGACAAACCUACCUCUUAGGUUCCGUGUCACCGAGAAAAGUUCAUUUCAUUACUGUACGUGGGAUGAACGUCAUGACAACAUGUGUGGAGGCCCAGGAUUUGUACCAGCACUGCAGCUAUUGCUCCCCGAUGAUGUGGAUUUCCUGUUGAUAACAGCUGAAAGAUUCUUCAUCAGCACCAACUAAGCAUAAAGGGAAGAUUGCUAUAACUGGUGGGGCACCAAGCAAGGGUAAUACUACAGUAAGUGGAGAAAUGGAAACCUGCCCAUCGCACGUCUUGAACGCAGCCUUAGAACAACUACCCUACCUCACUGAUGCAAGGUGACACCAGCUGGGUUUGAAGGUCCGAACAGGUCCAGCUUCAGAAGGAGGAAGGAGUGGAACCAUGACGGCCUCCUUGUUUCACUGGACUCUUGCCUUUGUGACCCUUCACCCCAUCCGCUGCCAAACCACAUGCGACAGACCGGCUUCUGCCGAGUGGCACCUCGUGCCGCGCGCGGUCCACGUGAACUGGACUCUCACGGGGAACAUCUGCCGAAGCCCCUCCGAGUGCUGGGGGUCCGAGGGCGCGGGCGAGGCGCGCGGGCCCCCCCAGAUGUGCCCGCUGCAGCUGCAGCUCGGGGACAGGCUGCUGAUGUCCGCGGACCUCACGCUCCGGCCCCACGGCGUCAGGCUCCUCAACGUGUCCCACGGCGCCUUCCAGCGCUGCUCCGCCGGCGGACGCGGCGACCGCGACCUCCUCUUCCCCCGCAGCCUGGGAGACGGGGAGGCGGUGGAGGCCCGGCGGCUCUCGCCGGGUCGCCAUUACUUCAUCGCGCUGCACGACGGGGACACGCGGCUGUGCGCGCUGGGCCUGCGCCUCAGCGUGUGGGUCAAAGCGCAGCGCUGCCGGGCCUCGCCCCUGCUCCGACUUUGUUCGGGGGAGGGUAUUUGUCGAGCGGGCCUCUGGGAGCCCGCGUACGGCUGCCGGUGCCACCGCGGCCGCUCCGGGAGGUUCUGUGAAAAGUUUGACGCCUGUUUGGAUAACCCCUGUGACAACAAAGGCGUCUGUUUGAGCAAUGGAUCCGCGGAUCCAAGCCACAGAACCUACAAAUGCCUGUGUCCUCCUCAUUUUACAGGGGUAAACUGCUCUGAAAUCAUCGGGAGGGAGAACUGUGAGCGCCUCUGUGAGGACGGCAGAUGCGUUCAAGUGUCGCCCGCCUCCUUCAGCUGCGUGUGUGACGGCGGCGUCGCGGGGCCGCCUUGUGAGAAGAGCAACGCCUCCUGUGAUCCAAAUCCAUGCAGAAAUGGCGGCGUCUGUGAAGAACGCCCCGAAGGAUCGCUUUGUCGUUGUCCAGAACCAUUCGUGGGCCCGCGCUGCGACUCCCGGGUCGGCGCCGCCUGCGCGUCGCACGCAUGUCAGGAGCAGGAACACAACUGCACCGCGGGGCAGCAUGCCUCGGAAUGCGUGUGUGCAGAUGGUAAUGUGGUCCCAGCAUGCGGGGGACAGCGGAACCCGUGCAGCUCAUCACCAUGCCUCAACAAUGCCACCUGUGUGUCCAAGGGAAAUGAUUAUGUCUGCAGAUGUCUGCGAGGGUUUUCCGGGAAGAAUUGUGAGGGAAUAAUUGACUACUGCAGGCUGCUCAAUAUCAGCUGCCUAAACGAGGGGCUGUGCUUCAGUGUGGUUGGCAGAUAUCAGUGUGUUUGUGCCCCAGGGUGGACGGGAGAGUUUUGUCAGUACGUAGACGACGCCUGUGUGAUGAAACCAAACAGCUGUUUGAACGGAGCCACGUGUGUUACAACAAGCCAGCCGUCAUCUCCCCCACAGUUCACCUGCAAGUGCCCCAGUGGCUUCACAGGAACAAAGUGUGAGACUGAGAUCAACGAGUGUGACUCCAGCCCCUGUCAGCACAAUGGCACAUGCUCGGACCUGCUGGGCCGCUAUGAAUGCCAGUGUCCUAGAGGUUUCAUGGGAGAGAACUGUGAAGUGGACGUGGACGCAUGCGCCCUGCCGAGCAGCACGUGCCCACCGGGGACCCGGUGCCUGGAUCUCCCAGAUGGUCUUGAAUAUGUCUGCCGUGUCCCGUGCCCUCAGAGCCUCCAACCGUGCGCCAACGGAGGACGCUGCGUGCUGAGCGGCGCCACCGGCUACACGUGCGUCUGCGCACGUGGAUGGACCGGUCAGCACUGUCGCGUAAAUGUCAACGACUGCGUUCGCCACUGGUGUCAAAAUGGAGCCACUUGUGUGGAUGAGAUUGAUGGCUACAGCUGCCUCUGUCCCAGCGGAUACGCGGGCGUCCACUGCGAGGAGGACAUGGAUCACUGCCUGGACCACCGCUGCUCCGAACGCGGGCUCUGCCUGGACCAGCGGCACAACUUCACGUGCCGCUGCGCGCCCGGGUUCGAGGGGCCGCUCUGCGAACUGGAAACCAACGAGUGCAACAGCUCCCCCUGCGCGGGCGGCGCCACCUGUGUGGACCUGAUCAGUGAUUAUCGGUGCCACUGUCCCCUGGGGUUCGAGGGAAGAACCUGUUCUGAGAAUGCAAAUGAUUGCUGGUCGCAGCCUUGUCUGAACGGAGGCUCGUGUAUGGAUCUGAUAAAUGACUACAUUUGUCAUUGUCCUCGUGGUUUCAAGGGGAAAGAUUGCUCCGUGGACAUUGACCUUUGCUCGUUCGGAAUGUGCAGCGAACACACAUUAAUAUGCGCCGAGACCGAGGAUGGACAGGACGUGUCUUGCGCGUGCCACAGAGGGUUCGGAGGGUCAUUUUGCGAGGUAAAUCUCGACGAGUGCGACUCCAGGCCGUGCCAGAACGGCGGCACUUGUGUGGACGGCGCUGACCUGUAUCGCUGCUUAUGCUCAGAGGGGUUUGGGGGGCUGAACUGUGAAAUCAGCUAUGAUGAAUGUGCCCAUGGAUACUGUGCCAAUAAUUCCACAUGUAUUGACCUGGUUGCAGACUAUGAGUGCAUCUGUCCUUCGGGCUUUGCUGGUAAGAACUGCUCCACGUCCGUAUCUGCGUGCGCAUCACGUGACGAUUUCUGCAGAAACGGAGGGACCUGCGACCACAGCUCAGCUGGAGCCGCGCACUGCGUUUGCCCUCCAGGUCUAACAGGCCGCUUCUGCGAGAUAAACAUUGACGAUUGUGACAAACAGCCGUGCGGAGUCCUGAGCAUUUGUAAAGACUCUCUAAAUGGCUACAAUUGCUUCUGUGCCCCUGGAUUUAUUGGAAAUAACUGUGAGAUUGAAGUGAAUGAAUGCCUCAGCCGGCCUUGUCAAAAUGGAGGCUCCUGCGCUGAUGAGCUCGACUCGUUCAGCUGCCGCUGUCCCCCCGGAAUCGCAGGUGACUACUGUGAGAUCAACAUAGACGAGUGCGCGUCCUCGCCCUGUCUGCACAACGCCUCCUGUGUGGACCUCGUUCAUGGCUAUGAGUGUGUGUGUCUGCCUGGCUUCACAGGUACCAAGUGUGAAGUUGACAUUGAUGAGUGUGCUUCAUCUCCCUGCAAGAAUGGAGCCACUUGCACUGACCAGCCUGGUAAUUACUUCUGCCAAUGUGUGGCUCCAUUUAAAGGUCACAAUUGUGAGUUCUUACCCUGUGAGGCCAGUAAUCCCUGCGAGAACGGUGCAGUGUGUGCGGAGGAGUUGGAUCAGGACCAUUUCCCUUUGGGUUUCCGCUGUCACUGUCGCCGGGGCUUCACUGGCCCCCGCUGUGAAAUCAAUGUGGAUGAGUGCAGCUCCAGCCCCUGUUUUCACGGUUUCUGUUAUGAUGUGGUGGACGGCUUCUACUGCCUUUGCAGUCCUGGCUACGCCGGGCUGAGAUGUGAGCAAGACAUCGACGACUGCGCCAACAGUUUAUGCUCCACCAACUCGGUCUGCAAGGACCUCCAUCUGGGCUACGAGUGCGUGUGUCACUCCGGCUGGGAGGGCGAGCGCUGCCAGCGAGAAACCGACGAGUGCUUGUCGCAGCCCUGCAAGAACAACGGCACCUGCGCGGACCUCCUCGGCGGCUACGAGUGCUGGUGCUCGCCGGGCUGGACGGGCGCGGACUGCGCCGAGGACGUGAACGAGUGCGACGCCGGGCCCUGUCUGAACGGCGCCGAGUGUCGGGAGUCGGACGUGCCGGGCGGCUUCUCCUGCACCUGCCCCCCGUUUUUCACCGGGCCCUUGUGCGGCGAGUCCUACGACCCCUGCGACCCCCUGCACAGCCCCUGCCUGCACAACUCCACCUGCCUGACACGCUCCGACGGCGCAGCCUCCUGCAGAUGCCCCGCUGGAUUUGAAGGAAGUUGGUGUGAAAUUGACACCAAUGAGUGUAGCUCCAGUCCGUGCCAAAACCAGGCUGACUGUGUGGACCGGGUCAACGGAUACAGCUGCAAUUGUAGGAUGGGAUUCGCCGGCGUUCACUGCGAGGUGGACGUCAAUGAGUGCGCCUCCGGACCGUGCCGCAACGCCGCCGUCUGUCGGGACCUUGUGAACCAGUUCCGCUGCGUUUGCCCAGCUGGUUAUUUCGGAACGCUGUGUGACCUGGAUGUGAACGAGUGUGAAGUUUCACCUUGCCUACACGAGGGCGUCUGCGUCAACACACCCGGCGGCUUCCAGUGCGCCUGUCGCCCCGGAUACUCAGGGCCCCGGUGCGAAGUUAAUAUCGAUGAAUGCGUUUCAGAGCCCUGUCAAAAUAGCGGCAGAUGUAUUGAUGCGCCUAAUCGAUACCGCUGCGUGUGUCCUGACGGCUUCAUCGGGCUCCACUGCGAGACCGACCUGGACGAAUGCUUGUCGGCACCUUGCCUUCACGGGAGCUGUAGCGACGGCGUACAUUCGUACUCCUGCGCCUGUGAACCAGGAUGGUCCGGCAGCACAUGUGAAGCCAACAUUGACGACUGUGCCUCCGCUCCCUGUUUGAACGGAGGCUCGUGUGUGGACCUCGUUGAUAAGUUCGCGUGCUUCUGUGCGGACGGCUACGCGGGGAAAACGUGCGAGUCCGACGUGGACGUCUGCAAAGAGGCCGCUUUGAAUGUGUCUCUGUGUUUCAACGGCGCCACCUGCCUUGACGGGGUCGGAUCCAACUUCACGUGCAGCUGUCCGCCAGGUUUCACCGGGGACUUCUGUGAAGUGGAUGUUAACGAAUGUUGCUCGGCUCCCUGCCACAACGGUGCCAUUUGCGAAGAUCUUAUUAAUAGCUAUGUCUGCCACUGCAGGUCAGGUUGGACAGGCCUUCACUGUGAGGAUGACAUUAAUGAGUGCCUUCCCCAGCCCUGCAACCAGGGGAUAUGCAUUCAGAACGAUCCGGGCUAUGGCUACACCUGUUUCUGUCGUCCUGGAUUUGUGGGGAGGAACUGUGAGCACAACUAUGAUGAUUGCCUGUUGAAUCCAUGUCCAGGAGCGUUUUGCUGUGUAGAUGGCAUCAACAAGGUCAGCUGCCUGCCCGCUGUUACGGAUGCUGUUCCCUUGGUGACCGCAGUCAAGAACAUCACUCGUGACUCCACGCCCAGAGUGCCUACGCCAACAGCUGAGCCGUUCACAGAUUCGGGCUACAUCCAGUACCUUGGGUCUUCAUAUCUGGAGUUUGAGGGUAUUGACCUCAAAGCACUCAACAACAUUACUGUGAGAUUUCAGACACAAGCGGCCCAGGGAACCUUACUUUAUGUUGACCAAGGACCUGCUAAUGGGCAAUUCUUUUUCCUGAAGCUUUUCGUUCUGGAUGGAAUUUUGCAGUAUGUGUUUUCCUGUAAUCAAGACGAAGACGUCAGCCGGAUCAGCACAUCCAGUCGUGUUGAUGACGGCGUGGUGCACAUCAUCAAUAUCAGGCAGCACCUGACCCCUUGUGAAGCCGAGCUCACACUAUCUGGCCGCCAGACAGUCAGGAGUCCAGCAGGCAACUACUGGUUGGGACGCGCGGUGCAGCGGACCAACCGCGUGGCCACGGGCGGCCUGCCGCCGCGGCGUCCUCUCGACCAGAGAGCGAAACCUUUCCACAACUUCACUGGCUGCAUUGAAAUCAUUGAGGUGAAUGGAGUGAGGAGCUUUUACACACGCGAUGCUGUCAUGGGCUUCAACACACACCAGUGCAGGUUCGCUUUACAUGCCACAGACACCUCCGCGAGUUCCCCCGCGCUGACACCUCAAUCAACCUCCUCUGACACAACAACGGCGGCGGCUCCCACACAAACACCAGAACAUCCCCCGCGCGUUCCUCGGCUUUGCCCCGGUGAUUUCUGUCGCAACGGAGGAACGUGUCAUCCGCCGCGGCUGCCUGCCGGCGCCCUGCCUUCCUGUCACUGCCCGCUCCACUUCACCGGAACUUUUUGUGAGAAAGAUGCCACGGUGUUUAUUCCCUCGUUUGAUGGCACAUCUUCUUUGGAGCUGCAGCCUCUUCUUCAGCCCUCUCCUGUCAAGGACGCCACUGUUGUUCUGUCUUUGACGGUGAAAACAAGAUCCACCCAAGGCACCAUCCUAUACACUCAGGAGGAGAACUCCGGGACUCGGUUCCUUCACCUGUUCCUUCAAGACGGGAGCCCCGUGGCUGAGCUGGGCUGCGGCGGCGGCCGCGUCCUGAAUGCAGCUGCAGACCAGGACAUCAGCAAUAACAGAUGGACGAACGUCACCCUGCGAUAUAAUCUGCCUGUUGGCAAACAAGGAGGGUCAUGUGUGAUUGAAAUAUCCGCAGAUAAUGGCUCCGCUCAGCGUCUCGAGGAGUUCGUGUCUCACCCGGUGUCAGAGGGAGCCCUCGGGCCCAUAUUUCUCGGGGAUAUUUCAUCCCGCUGGGAGAUGCAUGACGGCGGCGCGAGGGGAGCGCGGAGAUUCAUUGGCUGCAUCGGGGAACUUCAGGUCAACUCAAAGGAGAUUUACCUGGCGGGCGAGGCCGUGAGGGGGAGAAACAUCAAGAACUGCGACCCACCCGUCUGCCAGCACCUUCCCUGCCGUAACGGAGGAACCUGUGUCAGCGACGGCGAGGACUGGUUCUGCCAGUGCCCGCCGCUCCACGCCGGCCGCCUGUGCCAGUUCCACGCCUGCGAGCGCGACCCCUGCGGCCACGGAGCCACGUGCAUCCCGACGUCGCGGCUGGAGGCGGUGUGCCUGUGCCCCUACGGGAGGCAGGGGCUGCUGUGUCAGGAGCCCAUCAGCGUGUCCCGCGCCAGAUUCAGUGGAAGCGAUGAGUUCGGCUACACCUCCUUUGUGGCUCACUCCUCCGUCCCCAGCCUCGGCGUCUUCUACCAGUUCACACUGAAGUUCACUCUCGCCAACAGUUCAUCUGCCGUGAGAGACAACCUGAUCCUGUUCGCUGGGCAUAAAGGACGAGGCAGCGACGGAGACGACUUCCUGGUCCUGGGGCUGAAGAACGGCAGAGUGGUGCACAGGUUCAACCUCGGCUCAGGUGUGGCCACCAUGGUCAGUGAUCCACUGGAGCCCCGGCCCGGCAUUCACACCGUCACGUUCGGACGGUCCAGGAGAAGCGGCUGGUUGAAGGUUGACGGACAACGUAACAGGACGGGUUCGUCUCCAGGACCCCUGGUGGGCCUCAAUGUUUUCAACCGGCUCUUUGUAGGUGGAUAUAAUGAGUACACCCCUGAACUGCUGCCAGCUGGCUCCAGGUUCCGUCACGGCUUUCAGGGGUGCAUUUUCGACGUGCAGUUCCGCACAAGGCGAGACGGGAAGUUCCAGCCGCUGGGCCGGCCGGACUUCGGGCGCAGCGUGGGCCAGUGUGGAGUCACGCCGUGCGCUCAUGUUCGCUGCAGCAACGGGGGGACGUGCGUGGACUCCGGCUCGUCUGUGUAUUGCCAGUGCCCAUUUGGAUGGAAAGGAGCGCUCUGCUCAGAGACCGUGUCUGUGUGCGACGCCGAGCACAGGCCUCCGCCUCGCUGCGCCCGCGGCUCCACCUGCAUCCCGCUACCGAGCGGGUAUACCUGCCAGUGUCCCCUGGGAACUGCAGGGCUCCACUGCGAGAAAGCCGUUACCAUCACUGAUCCGUUCUUCAGCGGGAACCAGUCCUCAUGGAUGUCAUUCCCACUUGUGAGGAUGAGACACAGGACUGUUGUACAGCUGCAGUUCCAGCCUUUGUCAGCAGAUGGCAUCCUUGUUUACACGGCACAGCACCUCAGUGCCAGAGCUGGAGACUUCCUCUGCCUCUCCUUGACCUCCGGGUUUGUCCAGCUGCGGUUUAACCUGGGGGAUGGUCUCCAUGUCCUGCAGUCGGCUCAGCGGGUGAACACGCGCGGCAGCACCUGGCACACGGUGAGGGCCGGGCGGGUUGGUCACCGAGGCUUCCUCAGUCUGGAUGAUGAGGAGGUCAAAGAGAACGCGACCGAGGGCAUGACCACACUCGACGCCGCUACUGAUAUUUUCGUUGGCGGCGUGUCCACUCUGAGCGCGGUGUCCACGGAUGCCACGGAGAAGGAGCCCGUGGGCUUCACCGGGGGCCUGAGGGAACUUCUAAUCAACGGCCACGAGCUGGAGUUAACGGAGGCGGGAGCAGUGGGCGGAGCCAACGUGGGGGACUGGGACGGGACAGCCUGCGGGUACAGAGUGUGCCAGAAUGGAGGUCGCUGCAGGCCGACAGGAAGUGACUCAUUCACAUGUACGUGCCCGCCGUCGUGGACCGGCUCAGUGUGCAACCAGUCCGUCGGCUGUGCGGACAACGUCUGCCCGCAUGGCUCAUUAUGCGCUCCAUCUAGUGCCGCCUCAUACCGCUGCAUGUGCCCUUUAGGGUGGGGAGGGAGGCACUGCCACGCCAAAAUAGCAACAGACACGCUCAAGUUCAUGGGGAACUCCUAUGUGAAAUAUUCCGACCCAAGAUUUAAUACAAGAAACCUAAAAUCCACAAAGAUUUCCUUCAGCUUCCGCGCCCGCUCAGACGGCGGCGUGCUGGUGUGGCUGGGAAAGGCCCAGCACGAGGACGACGACCACCUCGCUGUUGGCUUCGAGAGCAGCCACUUCAAAAUUGCAGUCAAUCUCGGCGAGAGACUUUCGCUGCCAUUAACUUACAGGAACCUCACAUUGUGCUGCGAUAUAUGGCACGACGUGUCCAUAUCGCUGAACAGCACAGUUGUUCAGGUGUGGCUGAACGGUAGGAGGAUCGUCUUCGAAGACGUGGAUCCGUUUGAGCGGUACGUGGCCUUAAACUACGGGGGUCAGCUUUAUUUUGGAGGGUUUGAAUUAUACAGAAAUGUCUCUGUUGUGACGUCGGAGUUGUUUUCAAAGGGCUUUGAAGGAGAUCUCAGAAAUGUUUAUUUGUUUGAUGAUACAAAGCCGCUGAUGUUUCUCAAGAACAGCGAGGGUUUUAAUGUUUUUGAUGGCAGUGAAUAGUAUAACUGUAACUUCCGAUGUCUAAGCAGAAAACUAAAUUUUAAACAUGAACUGUGUAACACUUAGAUUUCAAUUCGUCCAAUUCUUAAAAGGGCAGAAUUGCUAAUUGCUACUAUGUGUCUCAGGUUAGAGAAGGUGUGAAUACAUUUCAAUAAUGUCAUGUAAUAAAGGCUGAGUUCUCCUAC